CGCUUUCCCUCUCUCCACCAAGAGAAACAUGGCUGACCCGUGAUCUGUUGGCUGCGCUCGCGCGUCGCGGCGUUCUUUCGGCGCCGUUUCGAACAAAUUGCCGCUUCCCUCCGCUUGCAUCACAAGGAACACGGCCAUGGAAGGUGUGCUGUGGAAGUGGACCAAUUACUGGAACGGUUGGCAGCCUCGGUGGUUCAUCCUGGACAAGGGUAUCCUGACGUACUACAAAUCCCAGGACGAGGUGAAUCAGGGCUGCAAGGGCUCGGUAAAGAUUUCAGCAUGCGAGAUUGUGGUGCACCCAACGGACAACCGGCGGCUGGAUCUGGUAAUUCCGUCGGAGCAGCACUUCUACUUGCGGGCGCCUACACCAUCCGAGCGGCAGCAGUGGCUUGUGGCGCUGGGCAGCUCCAAAGCAGCUACGGCGGCAGCCGGUGGCCAUGCAGCACAGCCGCCCCGGCUCGGCGGAGGCGGAGGUGACCCCGAGGGCAGCCUGCGGGCCAAGAAGGCCGAGCUGCGGCUCUACUGCGACCUCCUCAUGCAGCAGGUGCACACCAUUAAGACCUCACAGAGCGGAAGUGAAGAGGAGGCUGCCAAGGCAGGCGAAGCAGCUGACUUGCUGCAGGCUACCUGUGACACCUUCAUCACCACACUGGAGGAUUGCAUGCGCCUGGCUGAUGCAAACUUCACAUAUGAGCUGCCACACCAGGAAGUCCGAGACUCGGCCCUACCACAUGAGGCCCCACCGCCCAUCGCACCCGUGGUCCCAAAGUCCCUGCAGAGCGCUCAUCCUUCCUCUCGGCGCCGGCGGAAGUCCAGCUCUGUGUCCUCUUCUUCGGCUACAUCUGGAGCUGCCUCUUCCACGAUGUCCACACUGGACAGUGCCAAGCAGCGAGGUCAGCGAGCCGACCAAAGUACCGAAGGGGUACCGUGCAGUUCUGGGCCUGUUCAGUCCAGUGCGACGUCACCCGGUUGCACAACAACCUCGUCUCAGUCUUCUGCUGCCACGAACCAUGUGACGCCGCCUGCUGAUUGUGUGCCAUUGCCAGGCAGUGCAGAAGGUUCAGACCACACAGAGUCUUCAUCUGCCGCUGACAGGGCCAUUGUUACCUCGACAGACCAGCCUAGUCCAGUGGUCAAUGGGAGCCUUCCGGGUCAUCUGGGUCGGCCACGCACCUUCUUCUCCGUGAUGGAGCACAGCUUCAUCGACAUUGCUCCACGCACUGGCAUUCCAACAGAACAGUUCCUCAACAGCUGCCGUUCCAUCCUGGCUGUAUUUGAUGUCCUCGGCUCAACGGCAUUUGUCCCAGUCAAGAUGGACAUCCAGGGCAACAUCGGCAAGCUGCAGUCCAAGUACGACUCGGACCCGUCUCGCUUCAACAUGCUCCUCAACAUGGUGCAGCAGGAGGUCGAUUCAGCCACGAACACCGCCCGCAACUCCGCGACAGAUGCACUCCUGUGGCUGUCUCGUGCACUGGCAUUCAUCCAUGCAUUCUUGGAACAGAUCCAGUUGGGGAACCCCGUCCUCACGGACUGUGCCUCAGUGGCGUACGGUGCCACCCUCAAGUGCCAUCAUGGCUGGGUGGUACGGAGCAUUUUUGCCGUAGCGCUGCGGGCCAUGCCCGAGCUGGAGCCAUUUAUAGAGGCCAUGGCUCCUUCGUCUGAGGACUUUGAACACCCGGACUACCGGAAGCAGUUGUUUUCCGACAGCAGAGUGUACCUGCAAGCUCUGCAGGAAGUGCUUGACACGCUCAACAAUUUCUACACUGAGAAUGGGCUCGAGCCGCCUGUCCAGAAAUCUUGAGCUUUCGAGUCCCUUGUGCCCUUCGUGCGUGGAUCAAUAGGUCAGCCCAUGACGAGGACCAGGAGCUGAAGACUCAUGCAGCGAGACAGUGUGCCAAAACUGAGCAUAGACAAUGAAAGGCAGACUACACACAAUGCAGUGACUGGAAGUGUUAGUGUGUGUGCGUGUGUUGGCACGAGGCACCUGCGUGCGUGUUUGUAAUAAUUUAAACACAGGGCACAUUCCCUGGUAUAGUCAGAUUCCAUGAGAGAAAGUGAGUUGCUAGUCAGUUCACCUGGUCACUGGGUAGGCACACUUUUUGUAAUGGUGCAUGUAGUUAGGUAUAACGACUUGUUGCCACUUGGCCCAAUCAAUGACUUCCGUGCUGACAUAACUGUCACUCUUAACCUUGGACCAACUUCAGGGCCUUCUGCUUGCAGCUUUCAAGUUUACGGAAUUCAAAGCUCUCUGGCGUGCUACCAUUUGAAACUCAAUGUCACGAAAAGCGAGUUGUGGAAGAAGUAGCACUUAUCAGCAAUUUUAUCAGUGCAAUGUUUAUCAGUGUUGUCAGGCACUGACAGUAAAUAAAGGCAACAUGCUGUUUGAAAUGGACAAUGCAGCUUCUCUGCCAGCGUUUUUCACUUUGCAUGAAAGCGCAUAGAGAGCCCAAAACAAAGUAGCUUCAAAAACAUUUCCCCAGCAAGAAUAUGACUUCUCCAUGUUUAAACGAAUGCUAUGAAUGCAGAGUUUAUAUUCUAUUUGAGUGCAUUUAUAAGGUGCCAUCUUUCAUCCUCUACAGAAUAUGCUGCUUGGUUUAUAAGCCACCCAACAUUUUUUUUUUUUUUUGUAGGUACGAUGGAGGCACCGCUGAAAGCUGUAUGCUUUUGGGUCUUUUUUGCAGUUUGUGAUAGCAUUGGUAUGAGCACAUCCUUUUUCUUUUUAAUGAGACACUAGAUUCUUUUUCUCUUUAACGACAGUAGAUGUAGACACUGUCAGCAUACAAAGAAUUAUUCAAAGUUUCUUUCAGGCAGGUUCAUCUGCCUGGAUCAUCAGUGACACUGACUGUUCCAUGUGAAGUUUCUGCCAUCCAAACAUUAGUUUUCGACACUAACUAAAAGCAUUAGUGACGAUCAAGCAUAAGGUGUCCUCUGCUCAAGGCAGCAUGCCCUUUGCUCCUCUCGAUUUCAAAUGAAAUUGAGACACUGCAAGAGCUUGGCUCCUUGCUUAGAAUUUAACAUUGACUUUAUUAUAAAGUAUGCUUGUGCAACCUGAGCAAGCAUUGGUAGGAUACUUAUACACUAUGCUGAUACAGUGUGCAUCAAUUUUAACCUUGACAUUUGAGCAAUCUUGAACAAUAGUGACAGGCAUGCAUUAGGCAGAGAUCUGUUAAGCAUAGACCUGUGUGCAGCCCUGCAUGUAUGCUUUAGCCGCUUACGUUUGUUGAGUAGCAUAGUGUUUUCUGCAAAAAUUUACAUAGCCAACUCUGGUGUUAUUGCCUGUGGGAACUGCAAGUGUGACGGUUCAGCUAGCUUGGGAAUUAUGUAGUAGAUGAAUUCGCCUAGAUUUUGUCCUGGCUUCAACCGGCCUUGGAACUUUCCAAAUUUUUUCAGCAAGAGCUGUAUAAAUGCAAUAGUGCGCAAUGAUUGUGCUUGUUUGCAGGAACGUGUUCGCUCCAUGCAUAUAGAAAAAUAUGAUUGCAUGAAAAUUUUGGAAGAUAUAGCACAGUAAACAAAACCACAAGAAUGUCUGACGCAUGAAGACAAGACAAAUCCAUAUACUAUUCAUCAUUCCUAUGGUAGCUGAACAAUCGCAGUGCCAGGCGUCCCUCUAGUAAUACUAUUUGUAGAAAACUUAAUGCACAGUACUAUAAGUGUUACCUCAGUUACAUGGAUUGUGUAACAUUAGACAUUAAACCAUGCUAGUGUGCGUAGAGAAAGGGUUGUGCGCUUCAUCUUAGAGACCAGAGACUAGUUUCAGAUCCUAGCUGAGGGAAUAGUGAGCCAUACGAUCGAAAGCCGGUAGUCAACUGGCAACACUACAAUGUUUGUGCACUGACCAUUCUGUCCAUUGUCGUGGCCAAGCACAUUCCAUAAUUAAGCCAAAAAGCGAUUUUUACUCCAUGCUGUGAUUCUGCCUUUCUGUCCUGUCAGUUUGGCUAUGCUGUUUUCACUGCGGAAGAUGUGGAAAGGAUAACAGUGGAUAGCCCGACUUGUAGCUGUUAGAGAUGUCGCACAAAUUUUCUGGAGACCCCAUGUUUGAAAUAUUCGUGGCAGGGAUUAGCCAGCCACUGGUUCAAUAGAAAUGAAAUUAUAUGUUGAAUUGUCCAGUGGGCUUCAGUGCUCUGUGUCAUGGUGCUAUCAUCAUCAUCUUCAAGCGGCAACUAGCUUAGAUGCACAUUUUUGUUUGUUUCAUUUCUAACGUAGUGUUUGCCAACACUUCCAGCACGUAGUACCCGUUGCUUUGCUUGGUGCUUAAAGUGGCCAGUUAAACCACCACGUCUGUGAAGUGCCUGCUUUAUCUGACAUCACAAAUUGUGUCCAGUGCAUUGGCUAUUUGCAACAUUGGGCUCAUGUAUUAAGUUCAUUAACAUUGUUUUUCUAGUUAUUGUAGUGUUGCAGCAGUGACCGCCUCUGGGCACUGCACAUAUUGUGCGGUGCCCAUGUUAGUGUAUGUAUAAAAUGCUGAAGCAGCACAUGUGAACCAGACUAGAAGAAGCAGUCCUUGUCUCAUGCAAGCUGUUUCAAUAUGAACAAAUAUAUUACUUAACUGUAUUUCCAUUCUUUUAGAAUUUGUGCUUUGACCUGCAAGAGAACACUUAUUUGUAUCUUGCAACUUCUGCACAGGCACUCGGCAUUUGUUCUAUACGUGCUCUGAAUCAUUGUCUGCUUUGUCACCUCUCUUCAUUAAAUUCUUAGGCAUUUUAGCAUUUAUAUUUUUUCAGUAAUUCCAAGUUUCUGGUCAGAGUUACUCAUUCCUUGAGAGCCUACCCACACUUUGCCAUUCCUUCACAUUGUAGAGUUUUGCAAGCAGGUCAUUGUUUCCAAAUGCAUGGGCAUCGAGUGCCUCAUCUCUGAUCUGGUGUUGGUUCUCUGAAGUGUUCCUGCCACUGUGUCUGGUAGUUCCACUCAUUUAAUUUGCGCUGUGCCACAGCGAGUCAGUGAACAAGUCUGGUCUUGUUUGCAGCAUUAUUUAUUACAUCAUCUUGCCUGAACAUAAUAGUGCAUCACUGUUCUUGCUCUAGGUCUGAUUUCUUCCUAUCAUUAGGAGUAUCUAUGCUUGAAAGUGGUGGCAGAAUGUCACAGCAGGUCAUCGACAUAGCCUGCAGCUUGGGCUAAAUGUGCAUAUUGCUGUUGAUAGAUUCUUGUAGAUAGGCCACACCAUGGCAUAACAUGGCACAAGUGCAUUUGGCAGUUGGUUCUGUUGAAAUCCUUCACUGCUCCUUUGAUUUAAAGGCCACUAAUGCUGCACUGUUGCUGCUUAUGUGAUGUAAACUGCAUUGGAGCAGCAUAGCAAAAAUUUAUGCAUAGGGGGCAGUUUAGUAGCCAAACUUCCCAUGCUAGCUGUAGUAGCUGGAUUUUGUUUCCGCAGGCCGUCUUCUUUUGCAGCUCUUAGAGUCGGACGAAUCUAAGAUAGAGUGGUAAUAUGCACAAAUUCAUUCCUGUUCUUUUAUGUUUUGUCCUCAAUGAAGGCAGCAUGUUGUGUGAAAGUGUUCUGUUAUAUAAGAUUAUCGCAGUAAAGGUUUAUUAUGCAUCUAAAUGUACAUAUAUGUACAAACUGUGGAGGAGCUGUGCCUUUGUAUUCAGCUUUAUAGUGUGCCAGUGGUUGCACGAGCAACUUAUGCAACAUCCUGUCGUAUGUGGCAGCUUUUGUUGUGAAGUUGAAAUCUUGUCAAAUAAAAGUGUCAUGUACGGAUCCAUA